AUUCUAAAGCUGUCUAAGCCGUCGUGUUGAGGCCCCAUUUUUCGAUAACCACUCGUUGAUGCAUUACGUGUUUGUGUCCGGUGGCAGAAAGAAGAAAGAAAAGUCAUGGGGCUAGUGGAGGACGAAGUUGCCGAAGUUGGCCGGCUGUGUGAAAAUGUGUUGCCCAACUCCAAACUCGUCACCUGCCUGCCGUCUCUGGUCCGCGUUGAGCUCCGGCAGACGAAAAGCCGGCAGCUAACGGUUUGCGUUCGGUUCCCGGACAACUACCCGAUGGGGAAAUUGUUGGUCGAGUUCAAAAGCAAAACUAUGCCGAGCGUUUUUCUCGAACGUUUCGUCGCGAUAUGCGACACCAGGCUCGACGAUUUUCUCGGGAGGCCCCAAUUGAUGAAGAUGCUCCAGUUUAUCGACGGAUAUUUGGCGGAAAACCCACUGUGCAUUGUGCUGGACGAAAUUCAAACCAUUCGCCAGAUGCUGCCGGAUGCUGGCGAUCUUAAACUGAAGCAAAAGACCUGCUCCAUCUGCUUAGUCGCCCGUGGUGGACAGUACUACUUCGGCGCCAAAUUCAUCGUUCCCCAGGGCUAUCCAGCCGAAUGCAUCCAAUGGAACGGGCAUGACUGCAAUCUUCCGCAGUCAUUGGUGCUGUUCGUCAACGGGCAGGCCAGGGAGAUCGCGCGUCAGUGUGUGGAGGCACCUUUGCGUCAGUCGAAGUUCAGCGAAACAUUUGAAGUAAAGCCCAGCCUGCAGCGGACGCUAGGGUUUAUCAUCGAAGCCGUGCGAGAUUUACCGGAUGAAAAGUGUGCCGUUUGUCGAACUUGCUGCUUACCGGUCUGUCCUACGCAAGUCGUCACGCAAGAUGAGAGCGACGCAUACGUGGUGCGCAUGUUCUGCGGCCACAUCUAUCACCAAGGUUGCCUGAAGCGGUUCAUGAGUGAGCCGCCGUUUCCCGAGGGAGGAAAAACUUGUCCCGCACCGAGAAACCGUACCCAUAGCUUCCAACGGGCAUCCGAUUUACGUUUUUCCAAAAAUCGGUCUUCUGAAACUGCUUGCGGUCAGCGAGUAACGUACGAUAAAUGGGGCUUGAACAAUGUCAAGUCAGCCGAAGCUAAAUGGGCUCAUCAGCAGGCACGAGAGAGGGAAUUAGAAGAAGUGAUAGAUUUUCUACAGUAAUCUCAAUGGCCAACGUUUAUUUUACGUCGCUGCGAUACAGCAGAGAUAGCCGGUUUUCUUUUUGGCACUUUUUUUAUAAAAUUUAUGAUGGCGACGGAUCGGUUGGUACCGAGAAGGAUUUUCGACUCGACAAUAUCAAAGAUGGUGCAGAGAGAAGAGCAUACUGUCUAUGUAUUGUUUAUUCGGUACUGUAUUGGCUGAAUAUUGAAAAUUGCUAUUCAACGAAUGUGAAAUCUCCGGGAAUCGCUCCGUCUUCUAAGAAAUAGUGUUUUAUUGGCCCUGCGCAGGUUUCAGAUAAUACCAAUAGCAAGUAAUUGAAGGCAUUGGCAGGUAGUAAUUUAAACGGAUUUUAUAUAGGCCUAAAUUCGUAGCGUCGGCCAAAGAACCUAUACUUGAAGAAUACUUGUUAACAAUUGUUUCUAAAUGGCUUUGUUUUGAUCGUUGAUCCAUAAAAUUUGCAUACACUAUCACGACCUGCGCAAGAUAAACAUCGUUCUAAUACGUAAACGAA